CAGACAUUCCUGGUUUUGAGUCUCAGUUUCUCCAAAAUGAUGAAGGACAAUCUGUGUGUAGUGGCACUUUGCCUCCUGAGUACAGUAAUCCUGUGCCGAGCGACAACCACCGAGGCUCCAGUAACUUUAACUGGGUCAACGUUGGCUCCUGGAACACAAACCACUACACCCACCACAGCUACUACACACUCCACAGCUAGUACACCCACCACAGCUACUACACACUCCACCGACACAGCAAGAACUGCUGCACCCACUUCAGCACCAAUUAGUGAACCAACUAGCGCCUCAACUGGUGAACCAACUAGCGCCUCAACUGGUGAUCCCACUGAAGGGCCAACCGACGGACCCAGCCCCAAACCUUCAGGACUCUCAGGGGGAGCGAUAGCUGGCAUCACUGUAGGAACAAUUGCUGGAGCAGGCUUAUUGGGCGGCGGCAUCUACGGUCUGCUGAAAUACUCCAACAAAAUCUGAGACUAACACCAUUCGAAUUAUAAUUUAUGUGGUCACUCAUUGCACAAUAAACAAUUUCCUACUCCAACGUUACCCAAAAUCCUGACCUGGAGGACAAGAGGAGAAGAUGCUUCGUCUGAAAAGUUGAUUUGAGAUGAAAAACUUUUCCCACAUGAAAAGGAGGAGGCCAGAAGAAAGCACUGUGCUCUUUAAUUGUAUUUCUACAAUGAGAGGAAAACUGUUUUACCCACUUAAAAU